AUGUGUCGUUCAAUGGGAUGGAUUACCUUACUGCUUGGCCUGCUGUGUGUUGUGUCGCAAACACGUGGACAGGAAAACCAUUUAGCGUGUGGUAAACGUAAAGUAGUGUCGCAAUAUCUCAUCCACAAUGGCAUCGACGCUAAGGCUGGACACUGGCCGUGGCAUGUGGCUCUUUUCCAUCGAAAGGAUGCACAGUACGAAUACGCCUGCGGUGGCUCCAUCCUGGAUGAGAACACUAUUCUUACAGCAUCUCAUUGUGUGUAUACCCAAAGCGGUGUGAUUUCGAUAUCGCGAGUGUCGGUGGAUGUGGGACGAAUUCAUCUAAACGAAUCAAGCGAAUACACACAGACGCACCUUGUGCGAGAGAUAAUAGUUCAUCCGGGAUUUAGCAAAAACAGUAUCGUCAACGAUAUUGCUCUGAUCAAGCUGAGUUCGAACAUCACGAUGAACAAGUACGUGCAACCGGUCUGUCUGUGGACCAUGGACAGCAAUCAGGAGUUGAUCGUGGGAAGAAACGGAACCAUCGUUGGAUUUGGUGUGAAUGAACAGGACAUUGUGUCGGAGCAGCUGAAACAGGCAUUGAUUGGUGUGGUGGAUCCGUUCAGUUGCAUUGCGGACGAUCGGGGGGUGUUCGGAACUCACCUGACGUCGGACAUGUUUUGUGGUAAAGGGCAGAAGGGUGUGAGUGCGUGCAAUGGAGAUAGCGGCGGCGGAAUGUUCUUCGAGAUCGGUGGUAAAUGGUUCGUGAGGGGUCUGGUGUCGUUCACACCCCUGGGUACCGAGCGGUGCGAUUCGCUAAAGAACACGGCCUACACUGAUGUGGCCAAGUAUCUGAAAUGGAUUAAACCGUACAUUGAUCAGCGUGUGCUUUCGUACGAUAGUGACGUGCUGAAUAUAGACUAUGUGGAGAAGCUAAGGCUGUUCAACUUCGAAACGUGCGGCAUGAAAUCAUCAUCAUAUAUUAAGAAUGGUACCACUUGGGCACUACCAUGGCUUGGAUUCGUCGGACCAUGGUACGAUUUAAAUUCUAGGUGUACAAUUACGCUCAUUAGCGAGUGGUAUGCGGUUGGACCUGCCCAUUGUUUGAGCACCAAUAGUGUGGAGUAA